GCAUUUAUGAACACAAUGGCGGAUCGAAGCACUACUCCGAAAGACAGUGACCCCGUCCGGGAACUCCUGGACACGGCAGAACAAAACCUCGAUACAAAAUCUACAGACAGCAAUGGACGUACACCUUUACACAUAGCCUGCAGCUAUGGGCAGUACUCAAUGGUGGAAAAACUCCUCAAGGCUGGAGCCGAGCCCCUGUCACGCAGCAAUACUGGCCGAAGUCCACUCCACGAGGUUUGCACAGGUGGCCAUAAAGAAUGCCUGAAGUUAAUACUCCAACACACUUCUGAAGUUCAUGUCCGUGAUCGUGACAAUCAGACUCCUGCUCAUGUUGCAGCCUUCAAUGGUGAACUUGGCUGUCUGAAAAUCCUACACACCAAAGGCAGUAGUCUGGUGGCGGAGGAUAAGCUAGGACGACAGGUGAGCCAUCUUGCAGCCAUGAGAAACCAUAAGAAGAUUCUCCAGUUCCUGUUUGACCAAGGAGUGGACCUGGAUAGUCGGUGUGAAAUUGGAAAGACCCCCGUCCACUACGCUGCCCAAUAUGGAUCCCUCGACUGUGUGAUAUUACUGAUACAACGAGACUGUGACAUUACGCUUGGUGACAACAAUGGGUACCUCGCAGCUCAUCAUGCAGCACGACACGACAAACUUGACAUUGUCCGCUUCUUAGUCAAGCAAGGCACGUCACUGGAGGUUACUCAAGCAGAUGGCAAGACCCUCAGUCAUGUGGCGGCCCAACAUGGCGCACUUAAUGUCUUACACUGGCUUUUAGAAAAAGGGGCGGAUCCAAACCACCAGGACUAUUUUGGAAACACACCUGGACAUUAUGCUGCUGACAGUCGGAGGCCAGAAUGUUUAAGCUGCUUUUUGUACCAUGAGGGAGACAUUGAGAGUCAGAACAUUAAAGGGGACACACCCCUGGAUGCUGCUCGUAAAGCUGGCUGUCCUUUACAGAUGGAGAAAGGAAUGAACAAUAAACAACCCUGUGAGAUGUGUUUCCAAAAGUACAAAAAGACUUUAUGGGACAAGUUACACCCUCCCACACCAAUGGAGAGACAACUGACAAAGGCGAAAUCCACAGCUUACAAAAACCCUGUACCUGCUGCAGUGAGAGUUCCAACACAACUACAGCUCAAUCUGAUGAAGAGAGACAAGCGUUUGGCUAAGGCAGCCCCGAAGGUGAACCUAUCAAAGCGAGACAUGUCAGCACAGUACUUUGGGGAAUUUCUUGAUCCUAAUGACGUGUUUAAUUUUAAAGCAUCUGAAGAAAAUAUCAGAUUCUAGUCCUAUAUAAUACUAACUUUCAUUAAUUUGUUUUUGUCUAAAUUAAUUACCAUAAAAUUCAGGCUGUGAUUUUUUUUAAGUUACAAUACAGAAUGCAUAAUAUAACAGAUUCUAAUCAAUUAAACUACAUGUAUGUGUUUGAUAAUCUUAAGAAUAUAUUUAUGUAACAUAACUGUUGAUCAUGUUUAAAUAUAAAUGAUAACUAUGUUAUAUUGCUAAAAUAUAAUUUUUAUAAAACUUGUUGUUGAGAGAUGCAUGUUUUUAUGUAAAAUACUUUCUUUUACUGUGAACUUAUCAAGUUUCAGCUUUAGAAAGAUCACAUACAUACCAAAUGAUGAACUGCUGAAUAUUGAAUCAUCAGAUGUAUAUUAUCGUUAUGUUUUCGCUUUUAUACUUUUUCAUUUUUUUUUACCCCUUUUAAGUUUAAGAGCAUCUAGAAUGUUGAACUUUGGGUAGCUUAAUAAGAAAGUUAGCUUAAUCCAGCUACACAAUUUAUAAAGUCUUGAUAAACAUAAAAACCAGUAGAUAAUUACAGAUGUACAUAUAUCAAUCUAGAUGAAGUUUGCCUUUAAAUCAAGAAUACCAAUGUACAAGUUUUGGGAAAAGCAUUCUUUAACAUCAAGAAAAUACUGAAUUUUUCAGCUGUGAAGCAUUCUUUUCUAAAAAAUAGAUUUGAAAUGUUCCAGAAAUAUCAUAUACAGUGGAUCCUGCUUAUUAUAAAUUUUACUUUGUGGAGAAAAAUAUUAUAAUAACAAUGCAAGCAAGCAAUUCUAUGCCCCUUGAACUUGAAGUUGAGGACCAUUAUGAUCAUAUGACCUGUAUGACAUAGUGUAACCAGUAUAAAAAAUAUUGAAUUAAUCAUUAAUAUAAAUGUCAUACAUUUGUAUUAUGUCAUCAAAAUCACACUACUUUCACUUUUAAUCUCCGUCAGAAUUUAUGUUAAACUGGGGUCGGAGAAUUAUUGUUUAUGUAUAGCAAAGUUAAUUAUUGGAUGAGCUGUUAAGUUGGAUUUGAUAUUGUUAAACAUCCUAUAGAAAGUCAUUUAGGACAUUCCUACCAACAGAAAGACUAAGGUAUCAGGGGAAUUGUACUGUUUUCACACGUGCCUUAUAAAUUAAAUAAUCAUUUUUCUAUUUAAAAAAAUAGCAUUAUUUCUACAGUUGAUGAUUGUACACAUUAAGGAUAUAUAUUCCUUGAACAGUAAAUGAUACCUUAACAAUGCUAAUCAAACAGGAUUGAAAAACCAAAAAUAGGUGAUUUAAUCAAAACAGUAGAUUGUACCUAUUUUCUCUUGCACCUAUCAAAAAGGAUGUCUUCAUAUCUUUUGUCCUUUAAUCAAAUACAUGUAUAUAGUUUAUAAUUAGUAUACAGUCACAGUUAAAGUGUUGUCUCAAAAGGAUACUGUAAAUAAAUAUAAUUUUACCUGUCAGAUCAAAUAUACAUGUAUACCAGGUUUCUGUCAGAUCAAAUAUAAUAUAGGUUUGUUGUCCUGUCAGAUCAAAUAUAAUAUAGGUUUGUUGUCCUGUCAGAUCAAAUAUAAUAUAGGUUUGUUGUCCUAUCAGAUCAAAUACACCAGGUUUGUUGUCCUGUCAGAUCAAAUAUACAUGUAUACCAGGUUUCUGUCAGAUCAAAUAUAAUAUAGGUUUGUUGUCCUGUCAGAUCAAAUAUAAUAUAGGUUUGUUGUUCUGUCAGAUCAAAUACACCAGGUUUGUUGUCCUGUCAGAUCAAAUAUACACCAGGUUUGUUGUCCUGUCAGAUCAAAUACACCAGGUUUGUUGUCUUGUCAGAUCAAAUAUACACCAGGUUUGUUGUCCUGUCAGAUCAAAUAUACACCAGGUUUGUUGUCCUGUCAGAUCAAAUAUACACCAGGUUUGUUGUAAACGAUAAACAUCCCUUACUGUUAGCCAAUUCAUCAUGGAAAGAUGAAAACAAAAUGAUUUUACAAGGUGUCAGGUAUAUCUUCUGAAUUCAAAUUAUUAAAUAUUCAAUUACUUCAUUAAUACUUUCAAGGAUGCAAUGUAUUCAAUAAAUGCUUGGUAAGAUUAUACAGAUGUACCUUGCCACUAGGCGGAUUUGAAAACAGUAAAAUAAAUCAUUAAAUCUUU